AACUGAAUAUUCGUGUACUUCCUGUCUUCUGCUUAACUUGGGGUGCUGAUCAAGAAUUGGUUCUGUUUUGUAAAGCCAGGUUUGGCUUCAAUUGCAAGGCGACCCAACGCAGUCCGCAAGUUCUUUGUGUCCUCUCAGACCAUCCACCUCGUCGGUUCCUCAUGAAAGACGGGGAGUGUAACUUCUUCUGCUUCUUCCGUUGCUGCUGAGUGGUGUUGGGCUAGUCUGUGGAACCUUGUUCUCUGGGAGCUGUAGUUCCCCCGGUGGCGCUGACGGCCGGAGAGCUGUCAGUCAGUCCCAGAGAGAGAGAGGCUCUGCCGGGGAAUGUCUGUGGACAUGAACAGCCAGGCCUCUGACAGCAAUGAGGAUGACUUCGGGGUCAACUCGGAGGAGGAGGACGAGGAUGACGACGGGGGUGACGAUGAGGACCAGGGGGACAUAGUGGACUACUACGACGGCGUGGCCGGAGACAUGGAGCAGCAGGGGGCUGACUCGUUUGACCCAGAGGAGUACCAGUUCACCUGCCUCACCUACAGUGAGAUCCAGAAGGUGCUCUGCAAGGAGGUCAACAGUAUCGCCGCCAUCCUGAAGGUUUUACCUGCUGUAGCCAAACUGGUCCUUGUGCAUUUUCACUGGCAAGUGUCACAAAUACUGGACAGAUAUAAGUCCAACUCAUCUCAGUUGCUGUCUGAGGCCCAGGUCCAGCCCAGCAGCACCUGCAGAUCAGUUCCUACCCCUCAGUCGCUCCAGUGUGGGGUUUGUCUGCAGCUGGUUCGGAGGGAUGCCCUGCUCGCGCUGCCCUGCCAGCACUCCUUCUGCAAAACAUGCUGGGAGCAGCAUUGCACUGUACUCGUCAAAGAUGGGAUGGGAGUUGGUAUCUCCUGUAUGGCUCAGGAUUGUUCCCUCCAAACGCCAGAGGACUUUGUGCUCCCACUGCUGCCUGGUGAGGAGCUGAAGGACAAAUAUAGACGCUACCUCUUCAGGGACUAUGUGGAGAGCCACUUCCAGCUGCAGCUGUGUCCAGGGGCAGACUGCCCCAUCGUCAUCCAAGUGCAGGAGCCACGGGCCCGCAGAGUACAGUGCAUCCGCUGCAAUGAGGUCUUCUGUUUCAAAUGCCGGAUCAUGUACCACGCCCCAACAGACUGCCCAACCAUCCGAAGGUGGCUAACCAAAUGUGCAGAUGAUUCAGAGACCGCCAACUACAUCAGUGCACACACUAAAGAUUGUCCUAAGUGCAAUAUCUGCAUUGAGAAGAAUGGAGGCUGCAAUCACAUGCAAUGCUCCAAGUGCAAACACGACUUCUGCUGGAUGUGUCUGGGGGACUGGAAGACCCAUGGCAGUGAGUACUAUGAGUGCAGUCGCUACAAGGAGAACCCAGACAUCGUCAACCAGAGCCAGCAGGCACAGGCCAGAGAGGCCCUCAAGAAAUACCUCUUCUACUUUGAGAGGUGGGAGAACCACAAUAAGAGUCUCCAGCUGGAGGCUCAGACAUACCAGCGGAUCCAGGAGAAGAUCCAAGAGCGGGUGAUGAACAACCUGGGCACCUGGAUAGACUGGCAGUACCUGCAGAACGCUGCCAAGCUGCUGGCCAAGUGUCGCUACACACUGCAGUAUACUUACCCCUACGCCUACUACAUGGAGUCUGGUCCUCGCAAAAAACUGAAUGUUCGUUGCUGUGGGAGAUCGUGCUGUCACAAUGCAUAUGAUUUUGAGUACCAGCAGGCCCAGCUUGAGGCAGAGAUUGAGAACCUGUCUUGGAAGGUGGAGCGAGCAGACACCUACGAGAGAGGGAGUGAGGGGGAGUUGAGCGCCAAUGACCGAGGGGAUCUGGAGAAUCAGAUGCACAUUGCUGAGCAGAGGAGACGCACGCUGCUGAAGGAUUUUCACGACACCUGAAGUUACCAUCCUACUGCAAAGCACCAGCAGCUCCCUCCUUCAUUAAGUGCUCUAUUUGUCUGCUACAGGGUCUCAGAAUGGCACGCCCCCCCCCCAUUUAGAUCUGUCAACAAUGCCACAUUCAUACACACUACACCAUGAAAUGAGAAAGCAUGCGCAUGCUUGCGCGCGCACACACACACACACACACACACACACACACACACACACACACACACACACACACACACACACACACACACACACUCUUCAGAAAAUAAAACAUUCUUAAUUUGCCUCCCACGCGGUCCCACCAUCCUUCUACUUUUUUCUUCUCACAUUGUUCACCUUUUUCUGGAAAUGGCUGUUGAUAGUUAGAUCGUUUAAGAAAUGGACAAUUUUAAAAAUGCUGUAAUUUUCAACGGUUGUACAUUAAUACAGAAAUAGUUACUGAGUUUUUAAAAUAA